AACAGAGUCUUGCUAGGCUAGCAUUCAAUAAAGAAGUUUUAACCUGCUGUUCUUGGGAUUGCAUUCUUCUCCAUAUUGAGAUAAAUGUCCAUGCCGCUCACUACCUUACCCACCAAAGCGUUCCUUGUGUUCACCCCAGUCAACUGCGGAGCCCCGGACCACCUUCGAUGAUAUCGAAAUAAACAGCCGACAGAGCAUUUCGCUCGCCGCAUCGGAGACACCAUGGAGAUCGACCCGAAUCUCUUGGAAAUAUGGACUUUGUAUGCUGUUGCGACUUUGAUGAUUACGGCGAGGGUGUUUUGCCGCACCAAACAAGUGGGCGUCUCUGGAUUCCGACCCGACGAUUACAUCAUCUUCUUCACAUGGUCUCUCUACACUACUGUGUGCGUGAUGGCAACACUCUUCGCGCUAAUUGCCCAAGGCAAACACACCUCGCUCCUCACCUCAGAACAGCGCGCGACUUUGCCGGAAUCGGAGUUUUAUCAAUGGGAGUACGGGUCAAAGAAUUUCGUCGCCGGCAUGAUUAUCUAUGCGACAGUGGUGUGGUCAUUGAAAUUCAACAUGUUAUUCUUCUACCGAAGAUUGGUUGCGGGACAAUGGGUAGACAAGUUCAUAUUCCCGGUCAUGGGUCUAGUUGGUGCCACAGCCGUUGCGAUGGCUCUGAUCAUUGCCCUGACAUGUCGACCUCUCUACCUCAUGUGGCAGGUCCGCCCAGAUCCAGGAGAGAAUUGCGUACCACAAAACAAAAUUUACUUCUACAGUAUUUUUGUGAUGAACGUCACCACAGAUAUGUGUGUAAUCGCUAUUCCAAUACCGGUAAUAAGUCUUGUACGAGCCUCAAUAUGGCGCAGAAUGGGAGUGUAUUUUCUUUUCAGCUUGGGAGUUUUCAUCAUGGUCGCUGCCACAAUUCGAGUGGUUCUUAUCUUUCAUCCUACGGGCGGGUUUGGCCCAGGAGCAAUGUGGUCAAUUCGUGAGGACUUCAUUGCCAUUUUCGUCGGGCAGGCCCCCAUGGUGGUACCUCUCUUCAAACGGAGAGUAUGGGCACAAUUCUAUCACAAGUACAAGUUCACGCCGAAAUCGAGCCAGGGCUCGGACGGCAUAGAAUUAAGUGAUGGUAUUUCCAGCAAUAACAAAAAGCCGAAGGACCCAUACAGUCUUACACAGCUAGGGUUUACUCAUGUCACCAAUGCGACUCUUGGGACCCGAAAUGGAGCAACUUCUGUUGCAAAGGACAGCUCAGAAAGGCUAGUGGUUGCGAUGGAGGAAAUUUACAUAUUGGCUCCCAUCAGAGAUUUUGGUCCGGACCUAGGAGCACUGAAGUUUGUCUUGGGAGAAGAUCGGCACAGUCUCGAGAUUACUGCUGUGUGACGUGUCCGAUCUCUCCAAGGCCGAGACAAUGAGAGCAGUCAGCAAGAGAGAAGAGUUAUAACGAAAA